AUGUCCAUUACACCGGCGCUAAAGGCAUCUGCAAGGUCAGCAUACCGUGACCUACUCCGUGCGUCUGCGGUGACGUUCUCUGGAGAUGCUCCAGUUCGCCAAGCCUUCAAGGUCAAAAUGCGCACUCAGGACCUCGCGCUGACCUCGGAACAGGCAAAUGCUCCAGCAGAGCUGCAAGGGAAGAUUACCCUUGCCAGGGAUAUUGCCACCAUUCUUCGAAAGAACAUAGUGCAAGCCAGGAAAGUUGAAGGGCAAGACACAUGGAGGCUUCAGUUCACCAAGGAUACUGAGCUUGGAGAUAAUGAAUCUAUCAAAGAACCUCCACCAGUGUCUGACCGCCAGGCCCGCAGGCGAGAGAAAGGUGGACCGAGUUCUCCAGAAACUGCUGCUCCGCCUGACCGCCAAAUUCCCCGGAAUUACUCUACGUUGAAGAAAGCAUCCAAGUCGCGUACUGUACCUGAACUGAAGGAAGAGGAUAUUGAAGAGUCUUUCGUUCGCGGUAGCGGCCCCGGUGGUCAAUCUAUUAAUAAGACCGAGAACAACGUUCAGCUGCUUCAUAAACCUACUGGAAUUCGUGUGUCGUGCCAAGAGACAAGGUCGCUGCAAACCAACCGAAUGUUAGCGCGGCGACGACUUACAGAAAAGCUUGAUGUGAUCGAAAACCCCGGCAUCUCGAAGGCUGAAAUGGGAGCAGCCAAGCAGAGAGAAAGGGAACGUCGGCGCCGGAAGAAAGCCAAGAAGAGGCAAAAAGCCAAACAAGAGGAUUUAGAAGAAGAAGAUAGUGAAGAUUAA